CGCGGCACGUCGCCGAAUCCGUCACUCAGCCGCCAAUGGGCCGCGGAGGCUCUGCGCGCGCGGUUUCUCGAACCUGCAUAGUCAUGCAGUCCCCGAACCGCCGACCUCGCCCACUCCUGGCGCGAUUACCGUGGCUGUGACUUCGAAGACAUCACUGCCACGUUACGUUUCUUCUCGUAUUUCUCAUCCAACGUGCUUCAACGGGCACUUGUUUAUACCGUGUGCGACAGCGUGCCGUGCUGACCCAAGUGCCGAUGGUCUGUCUUCCGCGGGCUCCCGUUAAUUCGACUUCUGCGGGCUUUGCUGCGUGGCAAUAAGCGGCGUCAAGGUACGUGCGCGUCUCGAGUGCUUGCUUCGGGGAACUGCCGCCUCUUCACUUUUCACAGCUUUAUUAUUCGCCGUGCCAGUAACUUCGACAGAAGUACGCGCAGCUUUUACCUUCACUGCUGUCAUCACGACCUUCAAUCGCGGGCCUUGUCUUGAGGUCCCUCCAGGACUGUGUAUUGUUUGUCGUUUAGAUACCACAGGCGCUGCUAGAUUUGCUGGUGAAGUGUUAUUUCGUCGAUUACGUGGCUCGACUGGGUGCCGAACCUGGUUUCGAAGACAUCGCAACCUGCUCUCAGCAUCUUCACGGCAACCCCCGUGAGACCGAGGCCUACGUCACGUUCCCGAAUUAUGGCACAAAUAGGUUGUGACGUGUGAAGCGUAGGCUGCAUGACGCCUCGAACGUGAGUGUGACGUGAAAUUCGUGACGAUAAGUGAUACUGUGCUCACGAUCCGGGACAAUCUCCGUGCUCGCGUCAUUUCGCAAGCUUGUGACGUCGGCAUAGGCGCUGAGCGCUUGUGCGCGCUUUCGUCGUGAUGCCGUGGACGACGUGAUUGUUUUGAGUGUGACUCGCGAGAGGCAGCGAAGGCUUCCAAGCGUGGAUAAAGACGACGCAGUGAAGGAUCGUUGGAUAUGGAAGGAAUCUGGAUGGUGGCGGCGCUUUUUGCAGCGUCUUGCGUGCCAAGAGCGUCAGCGGGAUUUAUUUUCCCAGCUUCGCAACGCAAGGUGGCAGACGGACUAUUCGAUGACAAAAGCAUCCCAGACGAAGCUCUGUACUAUGAAACCAUCCAGCCGACGGUAAAUUCGGGAAGAGGGAACCAGCAGUUUGAUCCCAGCAAGCAUUCUUUCUAUGAAACCAUCAAGCGAGCGGGAAAAUCCGGCAAAGACAGGCAGCACUUCAUCCACACACUCUUCAUGAGGCCCGCGCCGACACUUCCACCGCCUCUGUGGAGACCACCACAUCACAGGGGCGCGGUGAUCCUGCCCUACAUUCCUCUUAUAGGAGGGCACAACCGCGCCCGCGCCCCCUGGAGGCAACCGGGACCUCUGAGCCGUGGCUUUCCGCCUCAGCAGGGCGUGGGCGCACUGAGUGGACUGCACGACGGCGAUGACCUGAAUGAUGAGCCUGACGCAAUCAAUUCCCACGUGCCUUCGUUGUGGCCAGAUCCGAACAGGGUUCACCCGAUGUCCAGUAGCUUCGAAUGGCCCUUGCCACACUUCAGCCGGCUGCACUGGACGCCAGUACUGACCAACCUGUGGAACUCUCACCCUAGUUCCGGCCCGGGCCACGUCGACAGGCCGGUCGUCAUACAUAAAAAGAAGAUUGUGAAGCUCAAACCCAAGCCUUUAGCAAAGUCGACGCGUAGGCCCGAAGCCGAGCCUGAAGAGAAGCCCGAACCCAAGCUUGCGGAAACAACCACCGCGCAUGCUACGGAAAACCCCAUUGAAAACCCCACAGAAUGGACUCUGGACGUUCCCUUCGAGUGGCCGCUAAAUAAGCCCGCGACAGAGACGACUGUGGAGCUUGAAGUCAACCCACCGGCGGGGCCCGUCUCGGAGCCACACGAGAACCCUGUAGGAAUCGCUACGGACCAGGCGGGCGACGGCGAACCAUCAGAUGGUUCCGUUACGUCGGUCGGGUCAGGGCAACCCGAGAACGCCAACGUUCUACCUGUCUCCUCGGGCUCGAUUAUCAGCACCUUCAAGUUUCCCGGACCACCCUCCGAAGAGACGACGGGCUCGAAGCCUGAACGUAAGGAAACCACGCUACCUCAUUCUGUGCCGGGAGAACACGCGCACGCUCCUGCUAAGAAAGAAAAAACAUCUGCACCCAAGACGACAAAAAAGAAUCAUCAUGAUUAUCCGCCUCCCGUCACCACUUCCGGCCCGCGCCCUGAGAAGGAAAUGUCCGACACCGAAGUAAUGAAAGCAUUCAACUUCAACCCUCCUGGAUUGAUCAUGGAAAUGGCAGUCUUCUACGACGUUGACAGCAAAAACUCUUUCAUAGAAGCACUCGGCUCCUCGAACGGCUUUGAGGAUGCCAUUAAGACCAUCAUUUCACAGGUGCAGGUCUUCUACAAGUCACCAUGGCUGAAAACUCCGCUACACAUCAUCAUCACUCAACUUAGGUUGCUCGAUGAAGAAGCUAACCAGCAACUGCAGUCGGAGGAGGCAGACAAGUUGCUCAAGGGUUUUAGCAACUUCACUGCAAAAGCGAACGCGCACGAUGACGAGCCGGGACACUGGGACGUGGCACUGCUGCUCACGGGGAAGGACAUGCACGCAGCGAAAGAUGGGAAGAAAGAUAAAAGCGUGUUAGGAAAGGCUUACUUAGGUGGUGUCUGCACCCGGGAUUAUGGCAACGUCGUUGUGGAGUUUGGAUCGACCAAUCCGAGACGAAGACCGAUGACCACGUUCGGCCUGCAGACAAGCGAUGUGGCCGCUCACGAACUGGCACACAGCCUGGGCGUCAACCACGAUGGUCCGCCGGAAAACGACGACUGCGCGCUGGACCGCUACCUCAUGGGUCCGUGGCGCACCUCCAACACGACCACCUGGUGGUCCCCGUGUAGUCUCCAGGUGCUCACCAAGCUGCACGAGAACGCCAAGAUGGCCUGCCUCAAGGAGGUACCCUCUGUUAAAAGGCUGCGAGAAGUCCUGCGCUGGAACUCGUGGCGCAGCUCGCUUCCGCCUGGUCAGCAGUGGGACGCUGACGCGCAGUGCCGGGUCUUCCUCAAGAGCGACGGGGCAAGGUGCAGCAUCAAGCCUGAGAAUAUGAGCGCUGUAUGCCGUGCCUUACAGUGCAAAAGCCCGGAAAGAAUUGGCCUCUUCGGAGCCGGACACGCAUUGGAGGGAACCUACUGUGGAGAUAACAAUUGGUGUCAGGGCACCAAGUGCGUGCCGUUCCCGAAGUCCGCGCCCGUGGUGCCCGGCGGCUGGAGCGACUGGGAGACGGUGAGCGAGUGCAGCAAGCCGUGCAUCCAGCACAGCGUGGCGCUGAUGCGCAUGAAGAGGACGUGCAGCGAUCCGCGGCGGCAGAACACACUGGAAGGCUGCGAGGGCGACAGCGUUAAGCUAAGGCCCUGCGACAUCAACGACAACAAGAACGCCCCGAAAUGCACGCAACCCAAAACCAACCAGCAGUACAUAGACGAAAAAUGCGCCCUCUUCGCCCGCUCCAAGCCUGAACUGAAGCCGAAGGGCACUCUGGUGCCGUACAGCGCAGCCCAGUCGUGGCGCGCAUGCGCAAUCCACUGCGGCUACAAGGGUGACGCCUACAUCGCGGCCAAGUUCUUCCUCAACGAGCAGACCAACGAGACGGGCGUGCUGCCGGACGGCACCCGCUGCCACUUCGACAAGUCCAAGGGGGCCGCCUACUACUGCCAGCAGGGGCAGUGCGUCACGCUCCUCAGGAGCCUCGCCGGCAUUCAGGACAACGUGGCCGGACAGGUCCUCGACGUGGAAGACUCGGACUGGGCGCCGGACACCGAGGGUCGCCGACUGGUCGAGAAGUACCUGGAAUAUGUGCCCGGCAAGGAAUUUGCAGUGUUGGACCCGAAGAAAGUGCCCAGAGCUCGAGCGCGCAUCGCUGUCGACGACCUUUAGCCUUUACUGGACCUGCAUGCCACCUUCUGUCUUGCUAGAUGCUGCAAAGCACGAACUUCGCUCCGCUGUCGCAUUGAAGUGCAUCGCCUACCUUUUCUUUUCUUUUUGAAUGCAGCACUAGCCAGUAUACUCGGCAUUUUCCGCUCACCUCAUGUUGGUGCGAUUCAGCAAGAGGGCAUGCAGCAGCAAUCGACGGUAGCAGAAGGAAGUACUUUUUUCAAAUGGGGGUGCAGACGAACACGACGCCGUGUGCGAGUUCGCGCGAUUCUCACUGCGAACCAAUAAACAUAAUGUUCUUGCCUCUUUGUGACACAAGAGUCGAAUCCGCGACUAUAUUUCCGAUCGAUUUCGGAAAUAUCACUGAAGUGGUCUUCAAAUGACUUGGGCAGGCUGAUUUAAACUCUAAGUUAAAAAGGAGGCGCAACACCACUAAGCACAAGGGAGGAAAUGUAGAUGGGGAUGCGAAAUAUUUACACAUUAAAUCCAGUGUUUGAACAUGGCCUCACGAUGCCUGCUUCACUAGAUACGUUAUUUGUUUAAUAAACCGUCAUUUGGCAUUCA